AUGAUCCUGCCCUCCAUUCUUCUGCUUGUUGCCCACACCCUGGAAGCAAGUGUUGAGUGCGGCGUGAGACCCCUGUAUGAUAGCCGAACUCGCCACUCCAGGAUCAUAGGCGGGCAGGAGGCUGAGGUGGGUGAGUUUCCAUGGCAGGUGAGCAUUCAGGAGAACAGCCAUCAUUUCUGCGGCGGCUCCGUUCUCAGCAAGUGGUGGAUCCUCACGGUGGCCCACUGCUUUUACUCUGAGGAGGUGUCCCCAACAGAACUGACAGUGAUAGUGGGAACCAAUGACUUAACUACUUCACCCAUGAGAAUGCGGGUCUCCCACAUAAUUCGGCACAAAGACUUUCAAAGACACAGCAUGGACAAUGACAUUGCCUUGUUGCUGCUGGCCAAGCCCAUCCAGUUCAGUGACCUGAUAGUGCCCAUCUGCAUGCCUCUCCAGCCCGCCCCUUCCAGAUGGCAUGAAUGCUGGGUGGCAGGAUGGGGCAUGACCAACUCAGAUGACAAAACAUCUAUGAAAACCGACCUGAUGAAGGUACCCAUGAAUGUUAUAGAUUGGAAGGAAUGCUCUAAGGUGUUUCCAAAGCUUACCAAAAACAUGCUGUGUGCGUCAUACGAUAACGGGAGCUACGAUGCCUGCCAGGGCGACAGUGGGGGACCACUUGUCUGCAGCACAGAGCCUGGGACCAGGUGGUACCAGGUGGGCAUCAUCAGCUGGGGCAAGAGCUGCGGACGAAAAGGCUCUCCAGGGAUAUACACCGAGUUGGCAAACUACACCCUGUGGAUUGAGAAAAUAGCCCAGGUAGAGGGGAAGCCCCUGGAUAUUAAGGGUCUUCGGGUCCCUGUCAAGAAGAAGAAAAAAAACAAAGGGCGCAGCCAGUCUUCCAAAUGCCCAGCACUGGGCUUCCCUCAAAGCAGGCUCCUGUCCUGUCUUUUGUCCUGUGCGCUGCUCAGAGCCUUGUCCAACUGGGAAUAA